CUAGAUGAAAAUCGAUAAAGUCCGUGCCGAAUCACGAGGAUCACGAGCAACACGAGUAAUCGUAACGUGUAAAUUCAACGAAAAACUAAAUAAUGGAAGGUCUAAUAAAAGCUGGAGAAAAUCACCUCCCUCCCAAACCUGCACCUAAACCAGGCCGGGUAAGAGUAGUGAGGGCUCUCUACAAGUACACAGCACAGUAUCCGGAUGAGUUGUCAUUUCAAGAGGGAGACUUGCUGUACGUAUUUGAUGAAGUGACAGACCCAGAUUGGUGGAAAGCUCGGUGUGGAAAUCAGACAGGCCUCAUACCAAGCAACUAUGUGGAGAGUCAGACAGAAGAAGUGGAGCAGCCCCUCCAUGAGGCAGCUCGGAGAGGAAACCUGGACUUCAUGCGACAGUGCCUACAGCAGGGAGUGUCUGGCACUGGGCUGGACAGUGCAGGAAACACUCCACUGUACUGGGCUUCGCAUGCAGGACAUCUUGAUUGUGUCAGAGAGUUACUGGCGCUCCCCAGGCCCGCAGUCAAUGCUCAGAAUGUCCUUGGCGACACACCUCUGCAUGUAGCCGCGUCUCGUGGGCACUUAGAAGUCGUAGAGCUUCUGCUUAGCCAUGGUGGAGAUCCACAACUCCGCAACAAGGACCACAAAACACCUGUAGAUCUGGCACUAUUCUCACCCAUUGUCAACUUGCUGCAGAUGAGCAUGUUGGGUCAGCAACGCAAAAGCAUAGUCACAUAUGAUGCAGAUGAGUAUGCCGGUGACUCAGACUGAUUUGUACUCUUACACUAUGUUUAUUGUAAGCAUACUUACUUGCAAACAGCAGUAUUAACAGUCCUUGCCCCAUACCAUAAAUGCAGGAACUCAGGUUUAACAUUUAUCAUCAAGGAAGAGGCCACUGUAAGUACUGACUGCUGCAGUGCUGGUAGCCUGAUUUAGCGGGGAGAGGUUAUUUUUUAUGGUCAUUGAAAAUUGUGACUGUGGGCCUGCCAGACCUGCACAUGCUGUCAAGAAACUGCAACCCAUGACAAUAAAAGGUUAAAUGUAGGUAAGGCAGCGAAGAACACAGACCCUCUGACAGAAGAUUCAAACUUCUGGAAUGUGACACUGUGUAGUCAUUAGCUAUUUACACACGUUUUGGAAGAACCUGCUGCUUCCUUCAUCUUUAUAAUAGAAGAGUUUGCUAUUCAGGGAAAUGCAGUCAGUGAUAUGGGGAAGGGAGGACAAAGACUGGCGCAUAGAAGGAUGCAGUUUCAGGGCCAGCCUUAGAAAUAGGUAAAAUGUAAAGAAGUUGAAGAAAAUAAAUAGACAGCACUACUGGAAUCUUAGCAACUUACUCUUCCACCCUGAAGAUGGAGGUAGCAAGUUCCUCUGAAACAUUGGUAAAUAUCUACAAGACUACAUGGUGUCACAUCCCAGAAAACAGUAGUCCUGAUAAUCACUGCUGUGAGAACCUGAUAAUCUCAAAAUGUUUUGAGUUAUUGUGGGCUUUUAGGCUCUACCUGCCCAUGGCAUUCUGGCAGGAAUAAAUAGUUUUAUAUAGGCUCUGGUCUUAUAAGCAGAAAUGCUGGUUAUGUCAUCAGCGACAGUGGAAGCUACAUUUGGAGGAGUUUAUGGAUACAAACUCUCACUGCACUCUCUGGGACAAUACACAUUUAUUUUCACAGCCUUAAGCUUUCACUACCUGUAUCUAAUGUGUAUUUAUGGCUUUCAUGGUUUAGCUGCAUCAUGUGUCAGGUUGUUUAUUUGCCCUGGAAAUGGUGACUGCAAUGUAUGCCAAAAUUUCAGCAGUGUUAACAUGACAUGAUUAAACCCUGGAAGCCAUAUAUAUAUUCCAUUCUGCCUUUCUAGGAUGGGAUUUCCUGUGUUUUAUGGAAAUCUUUGUUUUACAGCCAUUUUAGUAUAUAUGCAAAAUAACAUCUGCACCUGGCACAUUAUCCCAGUCAGACCAGUGACUCUGUACAACAGAAAAAUUGAAAAUUCCAAUAAAUUUGAAUAUACUGAAUAUCAGUCUGAUAUUGAAAAUUGUGUUAUCACCCACCAUUUUCAAGGGAAAGAAUUGGAAGCCAAUGUUCAACAAGCUCUAAGGCAGAUGGACAAAUAGUGGUGCUUCAACCAAUCAGUUCCCAACUUUAUAAUCUCCUGGCCACUGGCUGAGUGACAUUUGGCACUAUAUUAAUUAACAGGUGUAUACUAUCAAGACUCCCCAAGUCACAUAUUUGUGAAAUGUUAUACAUUUUUGUAUUUCUCAAAGAAAUCACAAAUGUAGUAUUCCAAAGAUGAUGAUGGGCGAUUUUUAAUAUGAUUUUCUUAAUUUGCACAAAAGAGUACACUGAAAUCUUCCAACUCUUUUAUUUUUAUUUGUUAUGUAACUUACAUUUUUGUAUUUAUAUUAAACUUCUGUCUCUAAUGCAGAUGGUAAAUCUAAUUUCAGAGAACUAUUUGUAUUUGUAAAUAUUUUUAUGAAAAUAAAAUGAUUAAUCAAACUGUUAUUACAAUUAUUUAUUGAGAUAAGUAUUAUAUACGUAUAUAAAUAUAAAGAAGUGUGUCCCUCCACACGAAGGUAAAACCUAUCCUCAAACUGGCAGGAAAAAUUAUGCUUCUUGCUAUAGAAGUAAUUUGUAAAACACAGACCCCAUCUACAGACACACUUUUAAGACUUACCCAGUAAAGCCCUGUUCAUUAAAGUACUGGCACCUGUAUUCAGAGCAAGGAAACAAACUUUUGUUGGCAGCAACUUCAUGACUAGAGAAAUGGUACAUCUGAACAUCACCUCCUCAUUCUGGUGGAGGAGGUGAGUUUCUAAAACUCAUAAAAUAUUAAAUCAAGGUGAACAGAGCUCACCAGAGCAAGGGACUUGCUGUUGGAGUG